CGUCGCCUCCCAGUCGGUUCCGGGAACCAGGCCCUGCUUCUGGCUAUUCGCGGUGCUGCUCCGGGCUCGGGAUCGGGCGUAAGGGACUAGAGAGGGCCUUUUGCCACGUGUUUCCAGGGCACCUCCGGUCACACUGACUGUCAUCAGUGGUUCAUACCAUCAGCAUCCGGGAGGUGGAGACCCUGUCAGUCCUCAUUCACUGGCCCAAAGGGUGUGGGGGUCACUGGGCUUCUCUCGCACCCCUUCCAGGCCGGCUCAGCUGAGACCUACUAGGCUGCCUGUCAAAGAGCAGGAAGCAUCGAUGUCUGCUGUGGGUCCUGCUGCUGCACACCUGCAUCGCCCUGGUGACAGUCACAGUGACUGCGUGAGUUUCCUGGGGGCCCAGUUGCCCCCAGAGGUGGCAGCAAUGCCCCGGCUCCUGGGGGACUUGGACAGGGCCACGUUCAGAAAAUUGCUGAAGCUGGUGGUCAGCAGCCUGCAGGGAGAAGACUGCAGGGAGGCCGUGCGGCACCUCAGGGCUGGUGCUGACCUGCCUGAGGAGCAGCUGGGUGCCCUGAUAGCUGGCACACACACCUUGCUCCAGCAGGCCCUCCGGCUGCCCCCAGCCAGCCUGAAGCCCGACGCCUUCAAGAACCAGCUCCAGGAGCUUGGCAUCCCCCAAGACCUGGUUGUGGACUUGGCCAGUGUGGUGUUUGGUAGCCAGCGGCCUCUCCUCGACUCUGUGGCCAGGCAGCAGGGGGCCCGGCUGCCCCACGUCGCUGACUUUCGGUGGAGGGUGGACGUGGCCAUCUCCACCAGCGCCCUGGCCCGCUCCCUGCAGCCCAGUGUCCUGAUGCACCUGAAGCUCUCGGAUGGGUCUGCCCUCCACUUUGAGGUUCCCACGGCCAAAUUCCAGGAGCUGCGGUUUGCUGUGGCCCUGGUCCUGAAGGAGAUGGCCGAGCUGGAGAAGAGGUGCGAGCGCAAGCUGCAGGACGGAGCCUCCCGCCAAUGCCUUCUGGUCGCUGAGGCGGCUGCCUCAGAUGGGCUUUCCAGAGCGAAGUCCGCCCUUCUGACAUGGCGCUCCAGUGAGGGAGUGUAACCAUGUCUUUCUCUAAAUGAAGUAGACAGCUAUGUCUUUCCCUUUUUUUUGAAAGUAAAGCAACUGUUAAUAAAAAAUAGGUCCUCCUGGGUAGGCAUCAAACCACGUGCGCCCUCUCCACAGCGGUCGGUCGGUCUUCUGCCAGGUAAGGGCACCCACUGUGCUGGUGGGCCCACAUGUGGUCCGGGGUUCAGGCCAAGGCCUUUGUGAGGACACAGGCUGUUCAGCAUCCAAACUGUUGCUCCUUUGCUCUUGGGAACCCUGUGUUUCAGGGUGCACAUUUCAUUCCCCAUCUUAAAUCCUUGACCUUAAAGCGCAUUCUAGUGGAGGGGGUGCGGGGAGGAAUGUGUAAUAAAAACAAGCAGCGUAGCCCAGGAGAGGGUGGGUGCUGCAGGAGGCGCAGCCGCCUCCAGAGAUGGGAGACAGGACAGUGGGAGAGCUGGGCUGCACUUUAAAUUGGGUCUUGGGGUGGGUCUCCUGAGGAUGUGGUUCCAGAGCCAAGAGGAGGCAGGGAUGCUGCACGGAGGGGAAGCCUGUGGGCGUGGGGCUGCGGCCAAGUGGGAGGAGGUGAGUGGAGGCGCAGGGGCAGGCCCGGGGCCUCUCUGGGAACUCGGCUCAACUCUGAGUGAAAUGCGUGUGAUGCGAUAGUCGUGUUAGAGGAUCACACCAGGUACUGUGUUGACUGAAGAGGGCAGGCCGCAGAAUGGGGGUGAGGAGUCUGGAGUUGGUGGUGGCAGCAGAGAGGGGAGUGGGGGCCUCGCCCAGGUGUCUGUGGCUGGGUGGCUCAGGCAGCUCAGACCGCCAUAGACCAAGUGGCUUGAACAACAGAAAUGACUUGCUCGCAGUUCUGGAGGCUGGGGUUAGCGUGCCAGCACGGUCAGGUCCUGGUGAGGCCUCUCCGCCCACCUUUGAACUUCCCUCUGUGCAUGUGUAUGCAUGUGUGUGUGAGUAUGUGACAGUGUAUGAGUGUGUGUGUGUGUGUGAGAGAGAGAGAGAGAGCUCUUCUCCUGUUAAGAGGGCACCAGUCCCCUCCAACUAAUAAAAAUGGGAAAAAAAAAAAGAGGGCACCAGUCCUGUGGGAUCAGGGCCCUAUGUUUAUGACUUCAUCCAACCUUAAUCACCUCCCUGGAGGCCACAUUUUAAAAAAUUUUUUAAAUUUAUUAUUAUUUUUUUGAGGCCACAUUUUAAAAUACAGGCUCAGCAGGGGAUUGGGCUUCAACAAUUGAAGAGUGCUGGGGAGGGGGGGUGCACAGGCCUCUCUGGCAGCAGUGUGCAGAGCCCUUGACCAGCCCUGUCCCCUCAGCAUAACUGCGCCCCUGGUAGGGGCCUGGCGGUGUCCCUGCCUCUAUGGUUUGCUCUACCAGGAAACCAGGUCACAGCUUGGUAGGAUUAAUAGGCCCAAGCAUCAGGCAGGAACUUCCUCUGAAAAAUAGCAAUUGGGUUUGGGUGCCCACCUGGCAUCCUGCCAUGUCUGUGAUGGAAGCCCCUGGCCUUCCCCAGCACCCUCUUUCUGUCCCCACUCUGUGCCAGAACCCAUCAAAAGCAGCAGUGUUUCCUCUGUGCUGUUUCCAGAAUGCUCCCAUGAUCUUGAUUAAUUAGGCCUUUCCCUGAGCGAGGGUCCCAGCAAGUUGGGCCAAAGGGACAGAGAAGAGGAGGUGCCCCGGGGCCGCACUCAGAGCUGGGGUUUCCCUAGCCAGGCCCCACAUGCGGCUCAGUCCCAGCUCAGCCGAGGGCUGCGGACUCCCCGUGUCUCCAGCAUCAGCCAGCAGCCUGGGCCCUUCUUCCCUGAGGACAGGAGCUGGACUGGGCCAUCCUCGCUGCUGCCUCGGCCUGCUCACAAGGACCUGCACAGUAAGCUGAGCACCACGUCUCCCUCAACCAGUGAUGGAGGCUCUCUUUGCUGUGACUUCUUCCUCAACCGUCAGGCAUGUGUUAGAAAUAUGUACUUGUUAUGAUAUGUUUGGAAAAUCCUAAAAAAUAAAAACAAACAAAACUAAAAAGAA